AUGGAGAUGCCCUUCAUUAGUACUACGAGUUACUUUGAUCUUGCCUUGGAUUAUCUGGAAUGGUGUGACUAUCCGUUCAGCAAGUAUUUUUCUUCUGAUAUCAGGAACCUGAUGAUGGAGGUUGGAUUAUUGAAAACUUUUGAUCUGUAUAUGAGAAAUUGCAGGAGGAGGAAUCAUGGAAUGGUUUUGGAACAUGGUCAGGAGGAGAAGGCUAAUACUAAGUCUGACAGAGUGAGACGUAGCAUUAUUUUGUUCACAAUGCAAGAUCUGGUUACCAGGAUACAGCACGAUCUUCACUCUGCUUAUCUUAGAGAUAUGCAAUCUGGUGCAUCAGAUUUUAGUGGCAUUGAAGGUGAGCUCAUUGGAUUCCGAGAAGAUAUCGAAUUGUUGUUUGAGAAAGAUAUCAAUGAAUCAUGGACCAAUAUUUUGUUGGGCCAUUACUCACUGGGAGAUGCACGACUAGUUACGGAUUUCAUUGAUUCCCUCUCUGAGAAUCUGGAGUAUCUUCUCUACAGAGAUCAUGAAUUUGGUGAAGCUUUUCAUUAUCUAAUACAUACCCUUAAAGAGAAACUAAUGUUCUUGAAGAGUUUCAUUUGCUUUGUCAUACUGCAGGGCGUUCAGGGUGAGCAAUUGAUUGAUCUGCUGAUUCACAUUGAAGUUGUGGCUAUCAAAGCUGCUCGCCUGAUUUUUAUAUCUUGGUUUGAGAGAGAUGAUGAAGAGGUUUGCAAUGAAAUGCAAUUUGAAAUUUCUCAACUGCUGCGCGAGAAGAUUGAUCCGGUUGAUCCCCAAGUCAAAGAAACUUAUAUCCAUGUCCUAACUGCUUCAAAGUUGUCAAGAUCAUCACACAAUUUAGCUCUUGAGGAGAACAAGAAUCUGGUGGCUAAAUUUAUUGUCUGUCUCCUAGAUUACAUUAUGGACCUAAUAUCACAUAAUAGUUUUCUGGUUCCAGUGAAGGAUCAAAUGCUAAAAUUCCAUCAGGGAGUGAGAUUCCUGAGCAUCCUUCUUAGCCAGCAGCAAGAGAGGUUCAAUGAGCUACAUGACGAACUGAAGGAUCUUAUCAGAAUUGUGGUCUGUGAUGCAGGAAUCGUGAUUUUCUCACUCUCUGUGAAUGAAAUGAAAAUAAGCUUGGCCAAGGAAACAGAUCUUGAGCUGUUUCAUUUGCUGAAAGUGCUUGAGUUUAUUAUGGGAGAAGUUACACAAAUUUAUCCAGUUACGUCACCAUCACCAUUUAGGUUUCCAAGGAGCAAUGAGUUGGGCUCCAUUGAUUUCCUACUAGAAAAUCUUGAGGAACUAGCAUGUUCUGAGCAUGAUUUAGUUACUCUUCCAAAGGAUCAAAUCCUCACAGUUCAAGAAGAUCUAAUAUUCUUAAGAUCUUUUCUACAAAAUGUUGUGGAGCAGCGCAACCAAAAUGAAAAACUACAAGAUGUUUGGAAUCAUGUGAUGGGGGUUGCAUAUAAGGCAGAGUUAGUGAUAGACUCUGUUGUGGUGGGGGAUAAACCUGAAUGUUUGGAUACUAUUGCUGGAGAUAUCAAACUUGUGAAGACUGAGGCUCUUGAAAUCUAUGACAGCAUAAGGCAUGAUAUUGAAGCUCAGAGGGUCACGAAGAAUUUUAUUUGCAUUAAAUCACAACACAACACCCUAGGAUUGAAUGAUGUUCUGGUGGGUCUUGAUGAUGAGGUAAAAACAAUGAUGGAUAAAAUUACCAGGGGUUCAAAGCUGUUGGAUAUUGUUUCGAUUGUGGGCAUGCCUGGACUUGGCAAGACAGCAGUAGCCAGCAAAGUUUUCAGUGAUUCUUUAGUUUUAGGCCACUUUCAUAUUUGUGCUUGGUGUAUUGUUUCUCAAGUAUAUAGCAAGCACAAUUUGUUGGUUCAAAUUCUUGGUUGUAUAGCUUCUGGGAGGUGUGACCAAUAUCUUAAUAUGAAUGAAGAUGAUUUGGCAGAAAAGCUCUACAAGUGUUUGAAGGGGAACAGGUAUCUCAUCAUUUUGGACGAUGUGUGGGACAUUGAACCAUGGAACUUGUCGAAACCAUCAUUGCCAGAUGAUGCCAAUGGAAGCAGGAUUCUUUUCACCAGUAGAUUUCAUAAUUUGUCUUCACAAUUCAAAGAAGAUUGCACGCCUCACCAUCUUCGGCAACUUACGGAUGAAGAGAGUUGGGCAUUGCUGCAGACAAAGAUAUUUGACAAAGAAGUUUGUCCUCCAGCAUUAAGAGUAGUUGGAAAGCAAAUAGCAAAAAAUUGUAGGGGCCUACCUCUCACAGUUAUUCUUGUUGCUGGAAUUCUUUCAAAUGUUGAGGAAGACUGCUGGGAAGAAGUUGCAACUAGUCUGAGCUCUCGCUCAGUUAUUGAGACCGAGCACUGCAUGAAGACACUGGAGCUGAGUUACAAUCAUUUGCCCGAUUAUUUGAAACCAUGCCUCCUCUACCUUGGUGCAUUCCAGGAAGACCAAGACAUUCCUGUUAGAAAGUUAAAGUUGUUAUGGAUCUCAGAAGGAUUUGUGCGGAAGACUGAGCCAAGUGACUUAGAGGAUGUGGCAGAUGGCUACUUGACGGAUCUGAUUACUAGAAGUUUAGUUAUGGUUACGCUACAAAGAUCUGUAGGGGGGAUCAAAGCUUGCCGAAUUCAUGAUUUGGUGCAUGAGUUUUGCGUGGAAAAAGCCAAAGAAGAAAGAUUUCUACAGAUUUUGCCUGGGUAUACUGAGCUUUCUACUUAUAAUGGAUCAUACAACACAGAUCGUUUUUUUAUAUACACUGCUACAGAAGAGGAAUUGAAGGAUUCGAGACUAUUUUUUCCCAAUUUACGCUCCUUGAUCUGGUUUUCCAAUCAUCAUUGGAAGUUUGUACUGUAUGGUGUUUACUCAUUCCGUUUUAAGAUGUUUAAACUUCUUAGAGUGCUGGAUUUGGGAAAACUCUGUCUUGGCAGUUAUUUUCCAAGGGAAGUAGUAUUGCUUGUUCAUCUGAGAUACUUGACCAUUCAGUGUUAUAUAAAUUCCAUCCCAUCAUCAAUAGCCAAUCUCUCAAGGUUAGAAACUUUUAUCAUCAAAGUAUAUGAUGGAAAUGUUGGAUUGCCUGAUACUAUUCGAAGCAUGAAGAAAUUGAGGCACCUGUACGUGGAAGGUAUUCUUUCUCCAGUUGCUUUUAGUCUUUCAUCUGACGAUCUUGAAGUCUCCCAAGAUAUAUAUCAUUUUGAAACCUUUACUCUUGCUGUCGAUCCCUCACCUCAAAUCUUCCAAAAGAUACUGACAAAGUUACCAAGCAUCCGCAGGCUAAAAUGCGUGGGGGGCAGAAGAUACUCUGCUGAGAGUUUUGACAGGAUUAUCAAGCUCGAUUUUUUGAGUCAACUAGAAUCACUCAAAGUGGUUAGCUUUCAGAGAGUUGAGUUUGCAUUCCCCCUAAACCUACGAAAACUAACACUCUCACUCCUUAAUGCGCCGGGGUUGCAUACAAGGUUUGAACAAAAUAAACUGCCAUGGAAUAAAAUAUCAGCAAUUGCAGAGCUGCCGAAUCUUGAAGUGCUCAAAUUAAGUGGAGCCUUUGUGGGGGAAACAUGGGAAAUGGGAGAAGGGACAUUUCCUAAGCUCAGAUUCUUGAAGUUGGCAUACUUGGACAUUGUCAGGUGGACAGCCUCUUGUGAUGAUUUCCCCCCUCUUCAGAAACUGGUUUUGGAAGGUUGCGCUAAGCUGGAAGAUGUCCCUUCUUGUUUAGGGGAUAUUCCAACUAUUGAAGUGAUUGAGGUCAAAUGGUGUCACAAGUCUACCGCAAGCUUGGUUAAGCAAAUUCAAGAACAACAGAUGGAUAUGGGAAAUGAGUGUCUAAAGAUAUUUAUUCAAGAAAAUUUCAAGAUUUGA